GCAAUUUACGCCCCACCACCUCCAUUGCUCAUGGGCUGCACCACGUCCAAGAACGUGGCCUCAGGGAGCACGCAUUCCACGAUAACAACACGGUCGUAUGAUGCGCACUCUCACGGAGCGUUCUCCCCACCUCGGAGAAUGAACCAGACAUUGCGAUCAUUCCGACAAUUGCAUUCUUUCAGCCCCACCAUGAUCUUGAACAAGGCACGGUCAAACCAGAGCUUUCUUCCACACAAUCUUGGACCUGCCACCCACGAUGACGACGCUGACUGGUCAGAGUACCGGCAGCUGCAGCCCUACAAAGACAGGUACUGGAUCGAUCACGACGACAUCAUGAUUGUUCGCCCGCUUUCGUGCACAUACAUGAAGACAGACAUGGCAACAUGGAAAGGCCAAUCCGUGCUUAUGAAAUCCGUCGACAUGACGAAGGAACCCGACGAAAUCGCAAAGUCCCGUAAAGCGCUCGUCUCGGAAGUCACAUCGAUGGUUCGCAUCCAGCACCCAAACAUCGUAACCUUUCUCGGCUUCAACUUGUCCCCACAAAAUGGACUCGUGUGUGUAUCUGAGUUUAUGGAACACGGCACGCUGCGUAUUCUGCUAGACUCGCCCAAAACUUCUGCAGCGUUGUCCUGGCGCUACGACAAGAUCAAGUUUGCCAUUGAGAUCUGUGAGGCGUUAGCGUAUAUGCAUGGCCAAAAGCCGCCGUUGAUUCAUCGAAACAUCAAGGCGGGCAAAAUUUUGCUAAGCCACACCUUUAUGGCGAAGCUGAGUGGUUUUGGCUUGUCCCGCGUCCGCAUUUUCGAGGACGAAAUGACAGCCAAGAUCGGCGACAUCGAGUGGAGCGCGCCAGAGCUCCUCGUCGAUGGCGAGGAUUACACGGAAAAGGUCGACGUGUACUCGUUUGGUAUCGUUCUCACGGAGCUGGAUACACGCGCCCUGCCCUUCGCUGAAGUCAAGUCGACCCUACAUGCCACGGAUUUUACGAAUGCAUUGGUGACAGGGUCCAUUCGACCAAAGCUUUCUACAGACUGCCCUACCGUGAUCGCUCAAAUUGUUCGGCACUGUUUGCAACAAGACCCUCACAUCCGCCCCACCAGUGCCAAGGUUCUGCAGAUGCUCAAGGAAGCCAAAACACAACUGCACGACCGCGCUGUGGCGCCUGCUGAAAACGUCAGUGGCAACUCUAUCGGUGCAGCUCUCGACAGUCCACCAUGAUCGCAGCCACGAAUAAAGCCCCAAAGCCGCCGACAUCACGCCGUGGUGUCCAAACACCUCUCGAACCUUCCAACGAAGCACCGAACUCUGCUCCGACGAUCGUGAGGCGGGUCUUGAUUCACGCUUUUUAACUUGCAUCUUGUCCAUUCGCCAUUUCCUUCCUCUCUUGUUGACGUUUGGCAUGCUUGCACUGUCGCACCAGGUGCUGCAUGCAACCUCCAGUUCAAACCUCCAGCGCAACGAAGGUCCUUUCGUUGACCCA